AUGACCGCCAGCCGUUGCCAGGAUGCCAGUGAGGCCAACACCUGGGGAGCCACACAGAACUUCGCCAACGGACAAGUCCAGGAGAACGAUGUGAGCAAAAGCCGCACAACGUCUUCGGAGGAGUCCAAGGCCCCCAUCUUGAAGGACCUCCUCCCAAGCAGAUCCCGUUGGGCGGACAUCGAGGUGGAGGACACCUUCGAUGAGGAACUCUACGAAUCCGACUCAGGCUCCCGCACGAAUGCCCCUGACGAGAUGCUCGCCGAGCGCAGGCAGCUAGGACCGCGUGGGGGACGUCGCCCCAAGUUCCCCGUCACAGCGGAGACGAAGGUCCAUGUUCAGCCGCCGGUGAAGCCCGUUGUCGAGACGACAAAGUUCGAGAAGUCCUUCAACAAGCCAGCUCCGCAGCAGACCUGGCACGUCGAAGCUUGGGGCGACUGGGGCUAUGCCGGGUACGACGCCUCGUACGAUGCCUCCUAUUGGCCAAGCCGCGCUGAUAUGGAUGACUCCUGGCGCCGCCGAGGGCAAGACAUGGAUGAGGGCUGGGGCUACUCUCGCCGUGCUCGCGACACAGGCGGUGAUCUUGGAUACCGGGCCGGCAGAGGAUGGGGCCGGUAUGGCAGGGAUUGGUACUAA